AUGGGCGACUCUUUCUUUGGUUUUAACACCAAUUUACCGCCUUUGACUGAAGAAGAAUUACGUGCAUUAACUGACCAAGGCAAAAGAAACAAUGAAGAGGAAGACACGUUUGGCCUUGACGACACCAACAACAAAGACAUCACGGCCUCGGGAAGCCGUGGAAGCGGCAAUGACCCACCCGUUGAUGUUGAUGUGUAUGAUUUUGCCACAUUACGUCAAGAACUCGGAGUCGCUGAUGAUGACGACGGCUAUGACGACAGAGAUAAAGAAGAAAACAUGGAUAAUUUAGCUGAUGAGCUUAUAGAACAAGGAGACGACCUCAAUGACAUUACGUUUGGUGAUGCACCAGUAGGCAAUGACUUUGAUUUUUCUGGAAAUACACAGCGUUUAACUACUACUUUGGAAGAAGAAGCUUUCUUUGUAAAGCCAAAGCCUAGUAGAGAGGAACCAAAGAAGAUGGGUUUCUUGAAUCCAUGGGCAGAUAGUUCAGUUCGCUCUGGUUCUAGUCUUGGAGGAAGAGGCUUUGGAGAGCCUUCUCCUAUCGCUUCCACCAAGUCUAUUUGGGGCAAUUUUUCUGCUGGAUUUUCUUCCUCUGCUGAAAACACAGGUUUUUCAUCUUUAUCUGGCAGUCAAACCAGUCAUCUGUCACCUUUCAAUUCAGAUACCAAUAGACAGUUAUUGCGUUCUCAACAACAACAACAACAACAACCACCACCACAAGCUCAGCCUCAAACGCAGCAGCAACAACCACAACAACCAUCUCCUUUUGUUCCAGAAGGUAUGUCACCUACUGCUUCUUUGAAUUUUCAACAACAGCAAGGUAGACCGGUCACUCUGGAAGACCUUGAAGCCAAUAUUCAGCGUGAACAAGCUGCGCAACGUUAUCGUGCUGCUGCUGUUGCAAAUGAACAAGCUGUACUUGGAGGAAAGACAGCACUUAGUUUGGCCGAUUUAGAAGCCGCUUUACGUUCUCAACAGCAUCAACAACAACAACAACAACAGCAACAGCAACAACAACAACAACAGCAACAGCAACAGCAACAACAACAACAGCAGCAACAUCCCCCAGAAAUGGGUAUGCCGUUAGGAUUUAAUGGACAACCUGAUCCUGUUCAACUUUUGGCUUUGAAGCAACAGCAAGAAUUGAGUGAACAACAAUUGUCUCGUGAAAUGAAGCGUAGAGAACAACAACAACGCAAGUCCAAGUAUGAUGGUUUGAUGAGCCAACAUGACAAGGAUUUUGUGAAUCGUAUCCAGCUUUCUCAAUUAGCUUCGGGUGAUCCCUACAAUGAUGAUUUUUAUUAUCAAGUCUAUUCAUCUCUUUGUCAGCGCGCUGGCUUCCCAUUGCAAACCUCUCAACAGCAGCAACAACAACUUAUGGGAAACAAUGAUAGUCAUCAUACAUCCUCUAGUGGAGGACGUCAUCAUCGAGGUGGACGUAGUAGAGAAGAGAAUACGAUGCAACGUAUGCAGCAGCAAUUGCAACGUAUUGUCAAUGAAGCCAAGCGUCGUCCAAAGCAAUCACAAGUGUCUUUGGAAGGUGCCUUGGGUAAAAUUACUUCCUUGACAGUACGUAAUCCUCGUCAAGUGUUACAGGUCCCUCAAGCCAGCAACAGUAGUACCACGAGCGACAAUGCAAGGGACAACGGUAAGGACGAUGAGAAGGAGGAGAAUGCCUCACCCGCAUCCACCUCGACACCCAAAUCGGACGGCCAUGGUCAUCCUGGCGGAGGUGUCGCUCAUCAAAAGACGACAACCGCCAUUGCUAUGGAUCGUAGACGUGUAUUGAUGAUGACGGAAGAAUUGUACAAACUUGUUUUAGAAAUAGAACAGAUGCGUCGUCAAGGUCCUCCUCGAUCCCAUCCACAGCCAUCGCAACCAUCACAGCAGCAGCAGCAACAACAGGAUGACACUUCCUCUUCCACUACAGAAGAAAAAGCCCUUGUGGACGCAUUCCAUCAAAAAUUCGCCAACAAGGUGGAUAAGCUCUGGCAUAUCCUCACUUUGAAUGCCGAUCCAUCCCAUGCGAGUACGCAUCCCGCUUUCGCUCAUCCUACGACUACGCUUCCUCCGCCUCCUCCUCCUCCAUUUUUGAUCUCCCUUUUAUCGAUUGCCAAGGGUAAAAAAUUGAUCCCUCGUAUCGUUCGUCAAUUGAACCAUGAGCAAAACCAGACCCUACUCAAGCUCGUUUUGGGCCAUUUCAGUCAACUUCAAGUAUGCCGUCAUGUCAUCUAUCCCGGUACAACCGUCGCUCAGGUCGAUGAAGCACAACGCCAAAUGUUUGUCAAGUAUGAAGACGUGGAUCUCUUUAUGAACGCUGUGGUGCCGCCUUUGUUGGCUUUCAUUGCCGAAUCUCCUUUGGUUAUCGUGAACAGCUUACUUGAGCUGUUAUCACACAAUCCCAUUUUAGCCAUUGCCCAGACCAAGCCUGGUUUAGCGUUUUUGACCAUGUUGUUGAGUCGAGCGGAAAUCUUGAAGCAAGGAGGUGGCCAAUUGCAAGGUUUACCUCCACCCACAGCGGAGGAAGUGCAUCGCUGGCAAGAAUUGUAUGCUCGUCUGUUUAAUACUCUGAAAGGCCGUUAUUUGACCAUAUUCCCCUCUUUGUAUUAUUUGGUACCCUUGAAUCCUAACACUCCCAUGAUGCAGUUAUCGUUGGCCGUGGACGACAUGUAUGUUUGGCAAUUUUUGGCUGCCAUGGCUGUCGGUGCCUCCAUGGAUCAACAGCAUAUUCUUGUCACCGAAGUCAGAGAUCGUGUCAUGGAAAAUAUUGUCCUUGCAAAGAGAAAUCGUCUUCCAAUGGGUCAAGCAAAUCAACGUAUUUCAAAUGUAAACUUAUUCUUACAUGCUUUGGGUCUUGAUGCUUCACAAGUCUCUGUACCUUUGUAG